UAGCCUUCUGUUGAGUCUUCAAGCCCAGGAGGUUCAGCAACAUCUGAUGACCAUGAAUUUGAUCCAUCAGCUGAUAUGCUGGUGCAUGACUUUGAUGAUGAACGGACAUUAGAAGAGGAGGAAAUGAUGGAAGGAGAAACAAACUUCAGUUCUGAAAUAGAGGAUCUUAACAGGGAAAGUGAUAUGCCAAUCCAAGAGCUCCUUAGCCGUUACGGCUAUGAUGGUGCCAUUCCACUCCAAGAAGAUGAUGACGAUGAAGACGAUGAAGAGGAAGAGGAGGAGGGAGAGGAUGAUGAUGAUGUCGAUAAUGAUGACAACAGUGGCUGUAGUGGUGAAAACAAAGAGGAGACCAUAAAAGAUUCAUCAGGUCAGGAAGAUGAGACACAGUCAUCUAAUGACGACCCAGCACCGUCUGUCGCUUCUCAAGAUCCACAGGAGAUAAUUCGCCCUCGUCGAUGUAAAUAUUUUGAUACAAAUAGUGAAAUAGAAGAGGAAUCUGAAGAAGAUGAAGAUUAUAUUCCCUCAGAAGACUGGAAAAAGGAAAUCAUGGUGGGCUCUAUGUUUCAAGCUGAAAUUCCAGCUGGCAUAUGCAAAUACAAAGAGAAUGAAAAAGUGUAUGAAAAUGAUGACCAGCUGCUGUGGAAUCCUGACUUCUUACCAGAGGAUAAAGUGAUUGAGUUCCUCAGUGAAGCUUCAAGGCGUACAGGUGAUGAGAAAGGCCUAGAUGCAAUUCCUGAAGGAUCACAUAUUAAAGACAAUGAGCAGGCAUUGUAUGAACUGGUUAAGUGCAAUUUUGAUACUGAAGAAUCAUUACGAAGGCUGAGAUUUAAUGUAAAAGCAGCCAGAGAAGAAUUAUCUGUUUGGACAGAAGAAGAAUGUAGGAACUUUGAACAAGGGCUGAAAGUCUAUGGCAAGGAUUUUCAUGUGAUUCAGGCAAAUAAGGUACGAACAAGAUCAGUUGGUGAGUGUGUAGCAUUUUAUUACAUGUGGAAGAAAUCAGAGCGUUAUGAUUUCUUUGCGCAGCAGACCCGAUUUGGAAAGAAGAAAUACAAUCUUCAUCCUGGUGUCACAGAUUAUAUGGACCGUCUCCUGGAUGAGAGUGAAAGUGCUGCUUCCAGUAGAGCUCCGUCUCCUCCUCCCACAACUUCCAACAGCAGCACCAGCCAGUCUGAAAGGGAAGACAGCACGACCAGCAACAGUAAUCAGAAUGGGGUGUCUGCUAAUGGGCCAGGUGAGAUACCAAAUAAAGAUGAAGCAAAAAUUGAAGGAUUGCAUGUAAAUGGACCUACCAGUGGCAAGAAAACACCUCACACGGAUCUGGAUACAAAUGGGUAUGAAACUGAAAACCUUUCCGUUGACCCAAAACUUGCUCAUUCAGCUUCCAGAAAUGAAAAUGAUUUGGAAGAAAAAAAUGAAAGACCUCUAAAAAGAAGAAGAAUUAACAGCAAUGGAAAAGAGAGUCCAGGUUCUUCAGAUAUCUUCCAAGAAGCAAACUCACAUGGGAAGCUUGAAGAACUAGAAACUUUGGAUGACUGAAUGCUAGGAGCUGAUUUUAUUCCUUGGAGUAAAUUUUGGGUGUCUAAAAUUUUCAGGGUUGAUGGGUUACCUUACAAAAUCCAGUUCCGUAGAACAAUCUGCUGAGAAUUUUUUUCCAAUACCUUCUAGUUGUCUCUCAAAAUCUGAUUAUUUGGGUUUUUUCAGUGCUGAAAAGCAGUAGGAGACUAUUCUGUUUCUCAGAGCUGGCAACUGUAGUUCUGGGAACUCUUAAGGCUCUUAAAAAUAUUUCAGAAACAAAUCAGUGAGUUUCUGUCAAAAAUACGCCCAGCCUAAUACAUUAAAUUUCUGUGUGUAAUACACUGUUUCAGCAUUGUACAAGUGAACAAAGCAUCAUCCUAUCGAAGCAGGGGCUGGUUCAAAUGUCACAGGAAGUUAAAAUGAAAUACAGAAUGCCAAGACACGCAUCAGAGUAGGCACAGAGACUUCCACUCACGCUAGCGAGAGGAAAGUGUCAUCCCAUUGUUAAGGAACCUUUAUGAAUCCUGAAAGUUAUGAGCACAACUAUUUUUAUAUAUAGAAAUUUUAAAAGGUAAAUAAAUAAACCAGGUCAGGUUUGUAUAUGUAAAAUUGUUGACAUCAAUGAUGUCUUUCCAUAUUCUUUAUCUGGGCUAAAGAAAUACAUUCUGUAUUUUUCCAGAUUUCUUUGUAGCCUUUGAAAGAUUUUUACAGUACUUAUGUCUUGAUGGAACUGUCCUUUCUUAAAACAAAAGCUUGUAUAAUUUUCUUAACUUGUACAGUUGGUAAACUUUUAUGAGAGAAUUGAUAUCCUGAGUCUAAUGUCAGCUUCAUUUUAUUUUGCUGAAGUCUUUUUUAA